GUUUAAUUAGUCCGCAUCUGGUGUAUUUUCAAACAUGGCUGUGUCGAAAGCUACAGACUUGGGCAAAGCACUCUGCAUCAUAACCGGAGCCUCCAAAGGUUUCGGUCGGAGCUUAGCUAAAGAAAUAUCGGGACUUUUACAACCGGAGUCGGUGCUUGUACUUGUUGCCAGGUCUGGUAACAAACUGUCAGAGCUGCAGACUGAGUUGGACUCUUUAGUAGCUGGCAAACACUUGGUAAUUCGUUGCGUGAUCGCAGACCUGGGGCUUAGAGAGGGAGUGGAACAGGUUAUGAAAAGCGUUAGAGAGCUGACCGCGGUGGACAUUGACCAUCUCCUUCUGUUCAACAAUGCAGCCUCCCUUGGUGAUGUCUCCCGAUACGCUCAAAGUUUCGAGAACAUGGAAGAGGUAGACUCCUACCUGUCGUUCAAUGUGAGUUCAGCGUUAUGCCUGACCGCGGGGGUAUUGAACGCCUUCCCACGCCGGCAAGGUCUACGACGCUUCGUUGUGAACAUCAGCUCGUUGUGUGCAGUUAAGCCGUUUCCCUCCUGGGUCUUGUACUGCACCGGCAAGGCUGCACGGGAUAUGAUGUUCCGUGUUCUAGCGGAAGAAGAUCCUGAUCUUAGAGUUCUAAGUUAUGCCCCAGGUCCUCUGGAUACAGAUAUGCAGUUGCAGGCUAGGUCAAGCUCUGCUGACUCUAACUUGCGACAGAUCUUCACAGUCCUGCACUCUGAGGGCCAGCUGUUAACCUGUGAGCAAUCCAUCUCUAAACUCCUGAAGGUACUACUGGAGGAUGAGUUCUCUUCUGGAGCCCACAUAGACUAUUAUGACCUAUAGUCUGACCAGACAUUACAUAGUAAGCCAUUGAGGAAACACCAGAAGUUUAAAACAUUCCAUUUUCAACUUAUAGGGUACAGUGAGUGAGGAUCUCGUAUUUUAUUGCUGCUCUGAUUAAAUGGUGCAUUGUCUAAUUUAGUUCACUAAUAAGGGUUUUUCACUGUGCAAUCAUAACUCUGUCCUCAGGACUCACUAUAACUCACUGUUAUCCCUUCAAAUUAUACAAUUAUACUACAAAAUAUUUAGUUUUAUGAAUAAUCAGUUUUUUAUAUAAUAAUAUUUUUAUUUAGUGAUUUCAGUGCAUGGCAUUCAAAGUGCUUUCCAAUGCCAACGAUAAAAUAAAACCAGAUAUGUAUUAACAGAUGGAGACGACUAAAAGUCUGAUUCAAGAUAAAACUAUAAUUACACAAACAGAACUUAAUUUACGGGGAAAAUGAAGACCAAAUCAAAAUGAUAAAUGAUAUUUCAAAAAAUUGAAAUAAUGCAUCAUAGAGUUAGUGCAACAAAAUUAUUUUUAAGACAAAGUUCCCUAAUUCUAGUAGACAUGACAUUCCAAACCUUUGAGGCCACCACAGAGAAUAAUCUGUAAUGUUUAGUUCUGAAGCUUGGACCAUUCGUUGAUCUUUCUGUGAGGACCUUGGUCAUUGUACUUUUGAGGACUGUGACCACAGAUACACACUCACUGGCCGCUUUAUUAGAAACAACUACUUUGUAGGUACACCUUAUUGAUGUACAUUUAGAGACUCUGGCCUGUCUGUUGCCAUGCAAAAUUGGUGUUUGCCAUCCUCUAGCCCUUUGUCAGUGGUCAUUUUCUGACCAUAGGGCUGCUGUUAACUGGAUAUUAUGUGGGUGGCGGACCCAGCAAUGACACUGAUGUGUAAAAACCCCAGAAACGCUGCUGUGCCUGAUACACAUAUACCAGUGUGACACCCACCACUAUGUCAAAGCCAUGUCAGUGUCGCUGCUGUGUUGAGAAUGGUCUUCUACCCAAAGGCAUUCACUUAAAAGUGUUUGCAGGCUCUCAAGUUACAUGCGUGAAGACCCAUUCAUUAAAUUGUGACUAACACAGUUGGGUGUGAAGAAUGCUUUGGAUGGCCUACCUGUUUUGGGUACCAGUUGCUUUAUUUUUCUAUACAAUCUUUAUUUUUUUAUAUCUUAAUUUUUUAUUUUAAGUGCCAAGCUCUUUUUGCUUUUGUAUGGUCAUGAAGUAAUGCCUGUGCUUCUCCUUUAUAUGUGUAAUGUAUAUGUUUAUGUAACCUGCAAUAUAAAAUGUAAAGA